AUGCGAGGGGAAUGGAAACCCUUUGGGAAUGGACUCGGUCGAGCUAGGCAAACUCGACCGAUUGGUCAAGGAGAUGCUCCAAACCGCCACCAACAGAGACAAGGGAUUGUUCCACCACCAGUGCAGAACCACAACUUUGAGAUCAAGCUGGGAAUGAUCAACCUUGUCCAGAACAAGAUGUUCCAUGGAUUGCCAAGUGAAGACCCCAUUGACCACCUUGAUGAGUUUGAUAGGCUUUGUGAUUUGACAAAGAUCAAUGGUGUCUCUGAAGAUGCCAUCAAGCUGAGACUCUUUCCUAUGUCUCUAGCUGACAAAGCUCACCAAUGGGAGAAGAGCUUGCCCCAUGGCACAAUCACCACUUGGGAUGAAUGCAAGAAGGCCUUUCUUGCUAAGUUUUUCUCCACCGGUCGCACAGCCAAGCUUAGAGGAGAGAUAUCCAGCUUCAUCCAGCGAAACAAUGAGACAUUCGCAGAGGCUUGGGAGAGGUUCAAAGGCUACACAAGUCAGUGCCCACACCAUGGAUUCAACAAUGAAUCACUACUCUCCACUCUUUAUAGAGGAUGCUUGCCUAGGUAUAGGGAGAUGCUAGACACAGCUAGCAAUGGGAACUUCCUCAACCAGGAUGUAGAUGAUGGCUGGCAACUUGUGGAGAACAUAGCUAACUCAAAUGGAAGCUAUGGAGAAGAGUAUGAUCGCACCAAUCCGGAGCUCGACCCACCACUCGAUCGAGUCAGACGAAAAGUUGAGAAAAGAUGUUAA